UGCGUUUCUUCUUUCCUGUUUUGUUCUCAUAGACAAAGUGACAUGAUGAGACAAAGCUGUAAAGACUAGGAGCAUCACAUUGUCACGUCUGUGGUACUGGACUGAUUUAGUAAGGUUUGCAUACUUGGCAUCUAGUGACCAUGGUGUGGACAGUGGGUCUCAGUAACCUGGUGUUAGCGGUCUACGGAUUCACGCUGAUCAUAGGCCUUCCCGCCAAUAUCUUGGCUUUUUACACCUUCUUCCAGAAGAUCCGCCAGCAAUCUACCCCAAUGGACAUGCUGUUACUCAGUUUAACAGUCUCUGACCUGAUUUUGUUCUUUUUCCUGCCAAUUCGCAUGGUGGAGGAGGCCAACAUGAAAAGGACGAUGCCGUACUUCCUCUGCCUGCUGUCAGUUUUCAUCUUCUACUCUGUCAUCGGCAACAGCAGCUUGCACCUGAUGGCCAUCAGUGUGGAGCGAUACUUGGGUGUAGCUUUCCCAAUUAAAUACAAGCUGAAACGCAACCCUCGAAAUGCUGUGAUAGCCUGCGUCAUGUUCUGGGUGGUUUCCAUGGCACACGGCAGCAUUGUCUACAUCAUCCAAUACCACGAUCAUUUGAACCCCAACAUCACCGAUCCAUCAAAGCGUAACACCUGUCAUGAAGAAUUCACCACCGAGCAGCUCAAGAUUCUCCUGCCGUUUCACCUAGAACUUUCUAUUGUUUUCUUCUGCAUUCCUUUCCUCAUCUGCUGCUUCUGCUACAUCAAGUGCAUCUGCAUACUUUUCCGUCUAUCCAAAGUUCACUCCAAGAAGCGAUAUAGAGCCACCGGGAUGGCGUUGGGAACGCUUCUGGUCUUUGUUAUCACUUUUAUGCCCAACAGCAUCUCAUAUGUGGAGGGAUAUGUUGGCGGCUACAGUACUAAAUGGAAAAAAUAUGCUCUGCUCACCAGCACGCUGAAUGCAUGUCUCAACCCUCUCAUAUUCUAUUUCUCUUCUUCAGCACUCAGAGAGACUUUCAAGAAGGUGUUGCAGGAGCUGGUGGGGCGGCUCCUCCCUCUCUGCUGCCGCUCGGCUCCAUGCUGCCCUUUAUUUAACCGUGGGAAAUCAGAGGAGAGAACACAAAGCUCUGAUGACAGAUUCCUCUAACAUACCAAGCCAGGUUUUGCUUUGAUUGAUGUGCUUUGCAUUGCCUGCAUAUGCAUCUUCAAUGCAUGCCAUUCUGUCCAAAGCCAAUUCAUGUCAUUCUAUUACGCCACCAUAACCCAAUGCUUAAUGGAUGGACAGAAGAGGAACAGCUUAAAAAUGGUUUUUGGAAGAGAAAAUCAAGCAUGCACAUGAUGAUUGCACUAAUAUUUUUCUUAAAUCUUUGCAUCAGCAUAAUUUUAUACACAAUGAAAUAAAGAGCUUGACCAGUUUGUGAACAAAUUACAGUGCAAAAUCUAACAUUCAAAUACGCAGCAUUCACUUACAGCAGUGGUAUGAUCAUAAUCAAUUAAACAAAGAUAUUUUGAUACAAUUGUGUGAAACAAGCUGUUUUUGUUACUAAUUUUUCAAUAAAAUUUGUGAUUAUGCUUCCGUUCUUUACUUCUCCAUUCUUAACCAUUUUUUUAUUGCACAUGAAUGCUGUUUAUUUAUUUUCUUCGCAGCACUCAAUAUGAAGCAUUAUCUAUUGUGAAGGUCUGUUUAAUUAUGGUUAUUGUAGUGCUGUACAGGAAUUUCCUAUUUGGUCGAAAGAACAUUCUCAGUUCAUUUUGGAGACUAUGACUCCUCAACUGCUUCUUUCACGUGUGGGGUCCCCCAGGGCUCCAUUUUGGGGCCUAUUCUGUUCUCCCUGUAUAUGCUCCCCUUGGGACAUAUUUUUAGAAAAUUUGGUAUUUCUUUUCAUUGUUAUGCAGACGAUAUGCAAAUUUAUCUGCCUUUGAAACGAAAAGAUACUUGCUCUUUAGCGCCUCUAUUGCAGUGUCUUGAGGAAAUUAAGGCCUGGAUGGCACUAAAUUUCCUUAAUUUUAAUGAAAACAAAACAGAAGUUAUGUUGUUUACGUCAGGGGGUACCUGUGAGUCAGUAGGUUUAAACCUUGGUGAAUUAAAACCAUUUGUGAAGCCCUAUGUAAAAAACUUGGGUGUUAUCAUGGAUUGUGAUUUUAAAUUGGACAAACAGAUUAACUCUCUUUUUUCCAAUUUAGACAACUCACCAAGGUGAAAUCUUUCUUGUCUCUUAAAGACUUUCAAAGAACUGUACAUAUAUUUAUUUCAAGUCGCCUGGAUUAUUGUAAUGGCCUCCAUUUAGGUAUUAGUCAGGCCUCUCUCUCCAGACUGCAGAUGGUCCAGAAUGCGGCAGCUCGCCUGUUGAUGGGUACACGAAAGCGGGAACACAUCACCCCCGUUCUCGCGUCUCUUCACUGGUUACCUGUCCAUUAUAGGAUUCAUUUUAAAAUUUUGGUACUUGUUUUUAAAUCUCUUAAUGGUUUAGCACAAAGGUAUCGUUCUGACUUGAUCAAUCUGUAUGCUCCAUUAAGAACACUUAGGUCUGCUGACCAUUUGCUUUUAGCUGUCCCACGGGUAAAGCUGAAGAGCAGGGGUGACCGAGCCUUUGCAGCGGUGGCCCCUAAGCUUUGUAAUAGUUUGCCCCUCUACAUUAGACAGGCUCAAACACUUGCUGUUUUUAAAUCUGUCCUAAAAACUUAUUUUUAUAGUCUGGCAUUUGACGCUAUGUGAGAGCUGCUUUCUUUUAUUUUUUUUAUUGUGUUUUAGUGUCUUCUUUCGUGGUGUUGACUGUUUGUAUCUUUGAUAUUUUUAUUAUUUUAUGUGUGUACAGCACUUUGAUAAACACUUGCUGUUUUUUAAAAAAAGUGCUUUAUAAAUAAACUUCGACUUUGAAUUUGUUUUUAAGGAAGUACCUUGUCUAUUAAUGGGUAAAGCUACAGUAACAUCUUCAGCUAGUCAGCUUAAGAUCCUUUCCAUCAAAAUGGUUAUAUCUCUUAAGACUAGUAGUUAAUGUUUUAUGAGCAAUAGGAAAACGUCUUGGAUUACUCAAAGUAACCAUGGUUCCCUGAG